AGAAGAAGACGACUACCUUAUUUAGGAUUUCAUACCUGAUAAUCAUACUUGGAAAGUUCAGUCAGACUUGUCGCUAGACACCUCGCUAGGUGAUCACGUUAAAUACCCAAGCAUUUGUCUAACAACGGAUCAUAACAAUCAAGUUAACCAUGACUAACGAGCCAGUGAGUGUGAUGUUCAAGGUGUACUGUCUGUCAGUGAUGACACUGGUGGCAGCAACUUACACCGUGGUAUUACGAUACACAAGGACAAUAUCAUCAACAGCUAUGUACUUCUCUACAACAGCAGUAUGCAUCACAGAGGUUAUUAAAUUGUUAUUGAGCCUUGGGAUGUUGACCAAAGAAACUGGCAGCUUUGGCAGGUUAAAAGCAUCCAUAGUUGAACAUGUAUUUUGGAGUCCAAAAGAGCUGCUGAAACUGUGUGUUCCCUCUGUGGUCUAUGCAGUUCAGAAUAACAUGGCCUUCGUUGCCUUGAGCAAUCUUGAUGCAGCUGUGUAUCAGGUGACCUAUCAGUUGAAGAUCCCGUGCACAGCCCUGUGCAUGGUCCUCAUGCUGAACCGCUCUCUCAGCAGGCUGCAGUGGUUCUCAGUCUUUAUGCUGUGUGGGGGCGUCGCACUGGUCCAGUGGAAACCGGCAGAGGCCACUAAAGUCCAGGUGGAGCAGAACCCUUUUUUGGGGUUUAUGGCCAUUGCUGUCGCUGUGUUGUGCUCUGGGUUUGCAGGUGUGUACUUUGAGAAGGUCCUAAAGAGCUCAGACACAUCCUUAUGGGUGAGGAACAUCCAGAUGUACCUGUCUGGCAUCGUGGUCACCCUCGCUGGUGUUUACAUCACUGAGGGUGCUCAGGUCAUAGAGAAAGGCUUCUUCUACGGUUACACGCCUUGGGUGAGCGUUGUAGUCUUUCUGGCCAGUGUGGGUGGUCUGUACACAUCAGUGGUGGUGAAGUACACAGACAAUAUCAUGAAAGGCUUCUCUGCUGCAGCCGCCAUCGUUCUCUCUACUGUGGCAUCCGUCACUCUGUUUGGGCUACAGAUAACUGCUACCUUUGCCUGUGGAGCAAUGCUGGUGUGUGUCUCCAUAUACCUUUAUGGACUUCCGAAACAAGACACCACCAAGCUUCCAAGAGCAGACACUGAGUCCAGGCAGAAACUGAUCACUGUUUGAAGUCUGGAAGAACAAAAAUGUUUAUGGUCUUUCCUGACCUCUGUGUUGGAGCUGCCCAUAGGCCCUCUUUCACACUGAAGUCUACUGUUGUGUCCCAUAAUAAGAGUGUCGGCAAGGAACUUAAAUAAUAUAGAUGAAUCAUUAUAUCAGUGAUGCUGGAGCAUUAAGGGAAGGUAUUUCAAAUACACUUAUGCUUCAAUAUUCUGUGGGGAGUGUGGCGCUGAGGCAGAAUGUAUGCAUAGAAAAUAAAUACCAUUGGGUUUUUAUUCCUUA